AUGGCAUUUUCUGCCGUUUACUUUCUGGAUAACAAAGGACAGGUUCUCAUUUCGCGCAAUUACCGAGGGAAUGUUGAAAUGUCGAUGAUUGAGAAUUUUAUGCCUUUACUUCUAAGCAAGGAGGAGGAUGGAUCCAUAAACCCAGUGUUAGAGAAAGACAAAGUCUACUUUUUGUGGAUUAAAUACAAAAAUGUCUACAUGGUAUGUACAACAAAGAGAAACAUCAACAUUUCAUUAUCCUUCUCAUUCCUUUUCAAAGUAAAACAGAUCUUCAUUGAGUACUUUGGAGAUCUUGAGCAAGAGAGUAUACAGGAUAAUUUUAUUCUAAUGUACGAGCUCCUUGAUGAAAUUAUGGACUUCGGAUAUCCCCAGAUCACUGAAACAGCCAUCCUGCAGGAAUACAUCACACAGGAAGGCUUCAAAUUAAAGCAGGGAGCACCUAGACCCCCAGCUGCUGUCACCAAUGCUGUAUCCUGGAGAUCUGAAGGAAUCAAGUAUCAGAAGAAUGAACUUUUCAUGGACAUCAUUGAGUCUAUUAACUUCCUGGUAAAUGCUCGUGGCACUGUGGUUCAUGGUGAAAUUCUGGGACAGAUUCUAAUGAAUUGCUGCUUGAGUGGGAUGCCUGAAGUCAGUUUGUGUUUUAAUGACAAUGUUCUUUUCAAGCAGAACCAAAGAGAAAAUGUUAAUGUAGUGGACUUUGAAGACAUAAAAUUCCAUUCAUGCGUCCGCCUGUCUCGCUUUGAAAAUGACCGUGUCAUCUCCUUCAUCCCGCCAGACAAGGACUUUGAAUUGAUGUCAUAUCGAGUCACAAAUCGAGUCAGAGCAUUUCUAUUGGUUGAAGCAAACGUGCAGAGAUACACACACAGCAGAAUGGAGAUCACAGCAAGGGUUAAAGGACAGUUUAAAGAGUGCCUGACUGCUACAGAUGUUGCCAUCAUCUUCCCUGUCCCCAGCGAUGCCUCAUCUCCAAAAUUCGGCACAGCUAAAGGCUGUGUAGAAUGGGUACCCGAGGACAGUGUUAUCAUCUGGUCUAUAAAUUCUAUUAAAGGAGGGAAAGAAUUUACAAUGAAGGCACAUCUGGGACUGCCAAGUGUGGAGGCGGAGGAACCUGAAGCAAAACCUCCAAUCAGAGUGAAGUUCAAACUCCAAAGCCUGGCAGCAUCAGGAUUGCAGAUCAAAUACGUACGAAUAAUUGAAAAGUCCACGUACCAGGCAACAUCCUGGGUUAGAUGCCUAACAAAAAGUGGAGAUUUCCAAAUACGGAUUUAA